AUGGCCGCGAGGGGGGCCGUGAUGGCGCUGGCCGCCCUGCUCUGCGCCGCCCGCGGGGCUUCCGGGGCAGCCGGCUUUAUAAAGUCGCCCCUGUCUCAAAAGAAGCUGACCGAGGACAGCGUGGAGUUGCACUGCGAGGCCGUUGGAAACCCCAUCCCGGAGAUCCAGUGGUGGUUCGAGGGGGCGGAGCCCAACGAGACCGCCACCCAGCUGUGGGACGGUGCCUGGCAGGACCGGGUCACCAUCAACGCCACCUACAAGCAGCACUCCACCAGCACCAUCUCCGUCGCCAACCUAACACUGAACGACUCUGGCACGUAUGAGUGCCGGGCCAGCAACGACCCCGACCGCAACCACUUGUCGAAGAGCCCCAAAGUCAAGUGGAUCCGUUCCCAGGCGAACGUGAUCGUCCUCGAGCGCCCAACAAUCUCAGUCUCGCAAGAGGUAACUGAUGGCUUGAACGUGGUCAUUUCUUGUAACAUAAGUGGAGCCCCGACAGCAAUCAAAGGCCAUUACUGGAUGAAGGGGGACAGCAAGAUUCAGUCGGAUGACACUUCUGAGAAUUCCACUUCCUACAUGAUCGAGAAAGUGGACCAUGACUCUUCAGGAGAGUACUACUGCUUCUUUGAGACCAGCCCUCUCGCGAAAGGGAUAGUGUUUGUGAAAGUUGAGCCUCAUGUGGUUCCCUACAAGAAGUCAGAGCACGGGAACGAGGGGGACACCGGGGUGCUGACCUGCAAGUCAGCAUCGUACCCCCCCGUCACCCACUGGUCCUGGUUCAAGGUGGUGGACGGGCUCCAGCCCAUUGUGAACGGAUCCGAAGAACGAUUCUUCAUCAAAUCCGAGGGUAACAAGACGGAGCUCCGGAUCCUGCGCAUGGACAUGGAGAAGGACCCCGGCAAGUACAUGUGCAACGCCACCAACGAGGUGGGCUACGGGAGCGCCGUCAUGGAGUUGCGCGUGCGCAGCCGCUUGGCAGCUCUGUGGCCGUUCCUGGGGAUCGUUGCCGAAGUGCUAGUUCUCGUGACAAUUAUCUUCAUCUACGAGAAGAGGAGAAAGCCCGAUGAGAUCCCCGAAGAUGACGAUGGAGGCUCAGCGCCACUGAAAAGCAAUGCUACAAAUCAUAAGGAUAAGAAUGUGCGCCAGAGGAAUGCCAAUUAAGCAGGCAUCAAGGU